AUGUAUCUCCGUUACCUUCUUGGUUUCUUCCUCAUGUGUUGUAUUUUGGUAGCUCAAGCUCAAGAUCAACACAAUGCCACGAUUAAUGCAACUGAUACCCAAGUGAAAGUCCCUAAAAAACAGAUAAUGUUAAGAAAACUGCAUGAAGAUGACAAGCAGGGCGAAGGAAUGGUGCACAUUGUGAUACACAAGAUUCAACCUGGAGAUCCGUACUACAAGGUUUUCGAUGGCGAUGAGAAGGCAGCUCGGGGAUUCACUAAUAAGAUAUGGAAUCGUCUGUUAAACCGUUAUAGCACUAUGAUUAUUUAA